AAGGUAAAAGAAAAGAAAAUGAAAACUGAAAAAACUCAAAAGGACAGAAAUAAAAAACCGGAAAAAAGAAGUGGAGAAUCCACUGCACAUAGAGCAAAAGCGAAGCGUAAAUCAUCAAGAUCUGGUCUAGGGUUCCUCAAUUUCGAAGUGUAAUUGACGCAUUAACUUUGAAAAUUCCGAUAAUUUUCGGCUGGCAUCUCCAAUUUGAACGGAUUUUCUUUUUUUGCGGUUGGUGGGUGAAGGAUUUGGGAAUUCGAGGGUUUUGAUUUCUUUGGAAAAGAUUUGGGAGUUUGUUUUGGAGAAUUGUGAGGAUUUUGGAGGAAAGCAAAUGCCGGAGGAGGAUUCGGUGGAGCUGAAGUUCAGAUUGUACGAUGGAUCAGAUAUCGGUCCGUUCCGAUAUUCGCCGGCGUCGACUGUUGCUAUGCUGAAGGAAAGAGUUGUCACAGAGUGGCCUAAAGAUAAGAAAAUUUCCCCAAAAGCAGCAAAUGAUGUGAAAUUAAUAAGUGCUGGGAAAAUUUUGGAGAAUAACAAGACUGUUGCACAGUGCAAGAUGCCAUUUGGAGAGCUGCCUAAAGGAGUUAUCACCAUGCAUGCUGUUGUACAGCCAUCAGUAGCAAAAGCUAAGACAGGUAACCUUUUUUACUUAUUUUAUUCAGCUGCAAACCUGAUUGAUAGUCAUAAGUUCAGUUGCUCUAAUUCUCUUUUCAUACUAGCUGCCUACUUUAUUUCGCCUACAAUGUUUUAACUCCUACAUUUAAGUUUUUCGUCAGAUAGAACUAACAUAUCUAUGCCUGAAUGUGAAUCUAUGGUUUCUGUAACUUGCUGGCUUAGUUUUCUAGGGGUUUAGUUACUUUAGUACUUUGGUUAUCACACGAGUUGGAAUGAGGAUCACAACAGAAAUGUAGCUAUGGCUUAUACCUCCUAAAAAUGGGAGUCAAGGACAGGGGAUGGUUAUCUCUGUAAUUCUUGAGGACUCAAGGAAUGAUGGUUGGGUCUAGGAAAUAUUUGGGCAAUGAGAAGAGAAGCAUACAGCUGAAUGCAGAUUUUGAAAAUCCUGGCUAGUUUGAAGGCUCAAUAAUAUGAUUGUAUCCAGAUCUCAGUGUAGGAUAUUAGUUCACAGUGAUAGUUAGAGAAGUAUAUGUCUGGUUAUAGAGUUCAUGCAUUAUUGUAGCCUUAUUUCUGGGUUUUCAUGGUGUUGUAGAAGCACAAUUUUUCUAGAGCUUUAAAUUUCUCUACCAAUACAUCCUCCCCGGCACCCCUCCCCAUUCUGUUGUUUUAGAAAAAUGGGAUACAAUUGCAACGUUCUUUCCCAAGUCUCUAUCACACAAGUGCUUAGAGGAAUCAGUUAUUGGUGAUUCUCAUCGCUUCAGGAAUCGCAAUGCUCAGUCCAUUCUCAUACCUGUUUCAUAUUCUUAUAUUUCCAACCACACCAAAAAAAAUGUGGGACGGAUGGUUCAAAUAUCCAAUCUAUAACAUGUUUAUGAUAUGUACAUAUGUAUAAUCCUUACUUCUAUGUAUACAUAUGCCUCUAUUUAUGCAUAAAAUGUGCUACCAAACAUAGGAUCUACCGCUUUGAUUUUUAGAUUAUCUAAUUUCUUUCUAAGCUAAUCGUUUCCUUUUCCUAGUUAUGAUACCCUGGAAUCUAACAUUACAGGUCUUAUCUGGAUUUCCUAUAAUAUUUUCCUGUGAAAAGUCUGGAUUUUGUAACAAAUGCAAUCUCAUUCAUCUGUGAUGCUAUCAUUAAGACCUCAAUUUUCUGUUUUCCCAAAAUAGUUGCUUAAUUGCUGAAAGUUCCCAUUUUGUUAACAGAAAAGAAGGUUGAUGAGACUCCCAAGAAGAACGUCUGUUCGUGUUCCAUCUUGUGAGGGUGGAAGUUUGUUUCAGCCUUAUCUUAUGGACUUCUAGGGAGUUCACUCGCACCAUCGGAUUGUGAAGUCGGAAAAACACAAUAAUUUGUAAACAGUACAAUACUCAUUAUUCACUGUGUAACAGUUGUUUGUCAUGUAUGCGUGUCUCUAUAAAAAUUUGCUGCUUGUACAUGUGUAGGUGUAGAACUUUUACAUACUAUGAGAAUACGACAUCUUUGGGCUCGAUCUUCCAAUACUAUCUGGAAUUCUUGUGAAUGCAAGUCCUUAAAUUGUAUCUCUAUUGUACCACGAACGAGCUUUGUACUCAAUUUUAUUAGCUAAGUUCCUUUUCAUCUCCA